AUGCAGAGUUUUGUUGUUAACAGUAGCUCAAGCAAUAAUCUUUUAACAGAAUCGUCAAGUUCUUUAUUUAUGAAGCUGACAUUGGUGCAGGUUCUGGUGGGGAUUUUCCUCUGUGUAAACUGUCUGAUGAUAUUCACCUUUCUGAAAAAGGAGGUGUUCAGGGAGGACACUCGCUACAUUUUGUUUGCACAAACCCUAUUUGUUGACUCUACACUCUUGAUUUUAUCUGAUAUGCUGAUGGUUGGGACUGCUUACCAGUACCACAUACACAUGAUUCCUUGCAUGAUUGUGCUGUCAGUUGCAACUAUUUUUACAGUUUGUACUCCACUGACUCUUGUGGCAAUGUGUCUGGAGCGCUAUGUUGCUAUAUGCAUGCCUUUAAGACAUGCUGACAUCUCCACCCGCAGAAACAGAUUCUUUGGGUUUCUGAUUAUAUGGGGUAUCAGCUCCAUAGUUCCACUGAUCACUUUGAUAGCAUAUUUAUUUGUAGUUCCUCCUGGUGCUCUGUUCUCCUAUACUGUGUGUAAUGCAGAAUUUAUGAUGGGGGAAGAGUGGCAGGCACACACACGUGGUACAGUUUUGCAGCUCAUUUUCUUAUUUAUGAUCUUCAUCAUUGUCUUCACUUAUAUCAAGAUAAUGAUUGCAGCCAGAGCCGCCUCCUCUGAGAAUAAGAAAUCAACCAGCAAGAGUCUCAGAACUGUGCUACUUCAUGCCUUUCAGCUGUUUCUGUGUAUAGUUCAGUUUUCAAUCCCAUAUAUAGAAAUGGCAUUUUGGAACAUUGAUAUCAUAACGUUUAAUAAUAUAAGAUAUUCAAAUUUAAUCCUGUUUGUUAUUGCACCACGUUGUCUUAGUCCAUUGAUUUAUGGUCUCAGAGAUGAAAAGUUUUUCCUUGCUUUAAGACAUAAUGCUAUGUGUGGUUUGACAGCCUUUUCUCAGCAUUAUUCAGUGAAUGGAAAAUAA